ACAUGAGUCACAACCACAACUCCCACAUCAAUAACAGUUGAAUCAAGAUGGCGGCCGAGGGCGAGUACGAGUCGAUCCUAUGCGUAAAACCCGAUGUCAACGUUUAUCGCAUCCCGCCGCGAGCCUCAAACCGCGCAUACAGGGCAGCUGACUGGAAGCUGGAUUCUCCAGACUGGUCUGGUAGAAUGAGGAUCACAGCCAAGGGCCAAAUGGCGAUUGUCAAACUGGAGGACAAAGUUUCAGGGGAGCUGUUUGCCCAGGCACCAAUUACUGAUUACCCCGGUGUUUCAGUGGAAACGGUCAGCGACUCCAGCCGAUAUUUUGUUCUGCGCAUACAGGAUGACAGCGGGCGCAGUGCUUUCAUAGGAGUUGGCUUUGAGGACCGAGGGGACGCUUUUGAUUUCAACGUGUCUUUGCAGGACCAUUUCAAAUGGGUGAAACAGGAGAAUGAAAUCAGUAAAAAUGCCCAUCUAGUGGAUUCAGGACCAAAACUGGACUUGGGCUUUAAAGAGGGGCAGACCAUCACACUCAACAUAGGACAAGGUAGAAAGAAGGAUAAGCCCCGCCCCCUAAGCUCUGGUGGAUUUGGACUCCUCCCACCACCACCUGGAGGAAAGAUAGUCCCGCCUCCUCUGUCAGGCCCAUCCAAUCACAACAUCGUGCCCCAGACAGGAGACACGGCGACAGCCUGCUUGUUGGAGCUGGACAGCAGUAACUCUAACACAGUGGUCCAGUCAAACGCUAGUUCUGAUCUCUGGGGAGAUUUCUCUGCUCCUGCAAGCUCUGUUCCACCUUCAUCACGACCAGAGAAUGCCGGAAACUGGAUGCAGUUUUGAGUCGUCACGUCGGUUGUGAUUUCCAUCCCAUCUGUCGCUUCCUGUGCAUCACACUGAGAGUCACUCCCCGCACUGAUCCCAAAGCAGAGACGCAAAACUCCACAGAGCUGUAGAAACAACGUAAAUAAUCUUUCAAAUAUUAUUCACAGGAAAUGAAGCAUUAACAUGUUUAAAGCCAUUACAUAAUGAGCCAUUUUCCCCAAAAAUAUUGAAGGGCUAUGUGUGGCGUCCUGAGUAGCAGGUGUUCCUCUUUUCUGUGUCUGCAUCGCCUCCCCAGCAGAUGGCUCUCUGAGCAGAGCUUUAUCUUGGAUCUGGAAUGUUUUGUCACUGCAAAGGCUUCCUCUGAAGAGAGGCUUUCUGAAACCUGCUGUGAAUACUGUACAAAAAGAUGCAAAGCUCAGUUUAAGUGCAAGCUACUUUAACAGUGUCUUUGUUGUUCUAAAAUUGGCCAUUUGAUCUUUGUGUAUUAUCAUUUCCAAAUGAAAUUAGAAGUCUAUAGAGAGAACAGUUUAAGGGCCAUUCCUCCCCCCCAAGUUUGCAAUAGCUCUUCAUUAGGAUUUUUGGAACAGGGAAUACAGUAUAUUAUUCAUUCCGAUCCUCACACUGAAUUGUGAUUCAGUGUGGUUUUGAUAAGUCUCAGAAUAUCUGUAUUUCAAACAACUAAGUCUAAUAUGUGGUUUCUUUACACAAUGCUAAUGCUAGUUAAUUUUGGGUGCAACUGAAAACAUGGUUAGCUUUGUGGCAUAGGAAAAUGAGGAUUUCCAAUAAAUGCAGAUGCAACCCUCUGCUUAAAUCAGCUUUAUUAUGCCUUCUGCCAGUAUUUAUCGCCACAGGAUCUAGGAAAUAUCACUAUUUACUGUGUCAGUAAAAUGUCUGUGCCUGCUGAAAGUGGGAUAACAUACUAAUAUCAGAUAUAGAAAACACACAGGAUAGAUUCACAUUCCUGUCUAUGGUUUAUGUUAACAAUGUGAAAUCAUUGUUGUGCUUACUACUGGUUGGCUUAUUUUGUUGCAAAUAAGUAACCAAGUCCAGACAUGUAUUAUUACUUUAUUUUUGCUUCAUUUAAAAUGAAUGUAUGUAUAAGCUAAGAAUGGAACAUAUUUUGCAGAUUUAGCAAUUUGCUGCAAAUAGAUGGCAGUAAAUUAAAACUACUAAAAUACUUAGAAGCCUUCUUAACCACAAUGUAUUUGUUCCCCUCAUCCCAAUUAAUGAGUCAAUUUACAAAAUCCACUUGAAUUGAAUAAAGGAGGCAGAGCAGGAAACUAUGACUAGUUAUCAGAAAUUCCUAUUUAGACUUAAAGAUUCCCUUGGGCCCAUUUCUGAAGUCUUAAAGAUAUUUGAUGGGAUAAUUGUUGAGUAAAUCUCAUCUUCACUAUUUGCAUUUCCCCUUUUCAACAACUACCACUCUUCAAAAAAAAAAA